AUGAAGUUCGUCACUAUACCAUAUCAGCCAGAUACAGAUUUUGUGAGGCGAGGGGAGACUUUAGAUUCUUUGAGACCACACUUACCAGCUUCUUCAGAGAUAGAUGAUAAUUUGAUAAAACCGGAAGAUAUACCACUUAACAGAAGAAACUUUAUUUACACGCCAUGCUCGGCCAAUGUGCUAUUUAAAACACUGAAAUACACCACAAGUGAAUACCCGUUUGAUGUAGCGGGAUUCAAUUACAUGGAUAGGGCUGAUGACCUUUGCGUUUCACAGAACUCAAAUGAAAUCGUUGGCGUUCAAGAACCGCUAGGAUGGAGAACUGCCCGAUGUGAUGCCUGCAUAAAAGAAGGCACCGUCUACUGGGAAGUUGAAGUCUUGAAAGAUGGAGGUUUGGAAGUACCUCCCGGUGGGUCACUAAAACUAUUAAAAGACAAAGUCAACAGCAUGCCUCACGUUCGAGUCGGCAUAUCGCGGCGAGAAGCAUCUCUGGAAUGCCCUGUGGGGUUUGACUUGUACGGAUACGGAAUUCGCAACGUCAGUUUAGAGUCUAUUCACGACGGAAAAAUGAAACAAACGUUACCGCAGUGCCAGGUCAAAGCUGGUGAUCGCCUGGGCUUUAUCUUACAUCUCCCGUCUAUGGAAGAGCAAAUUGAACAGGCACGGAGCUUUUCAGAAUUCAAGAUUGAUGCUUUGUCGUCUUAUGCCGGGAGCACAGCGGAUGGACCUGUGAAAAAAAGGGCAAAAAAACUGAGUCGCGAAUUUCAUCAAGACCUUUUGCGGGAUCAGGACUACAACAAUGUGAUACGAGACCAAAUCGCAAUUCGAUACAAAAAUCAACUUUUCUUGGAAGCCACGGACUACGUAAAAACCACGAAGCCAGAGUACUAUACCUCUGAUAAGAGAGAACGCCACGAGUCUUAUCCUUUGAACGACUCAUAUCUAAAAGUGUUCCUGAAUGGAAAAGAAUUGGGGGUUGCUUUUGAUCAAUUGAAGCCCUUCCUGCCGCCUUUCAGCGAGCUGAAGUAUAAUGAAAAACUCUACUUUAAUCAUUGGCGAAAUGAGGUGAGCACCAAUACUGGACCCGAUGAAUUCGGAAUGAGACCAGAGCCUCGCCUGAAGCAUAAUAUCUUGAGAAAUAAAUAUGUCAACAACGGCAGGCUUGGAUAUUUUCCAACUGUGAGUUGCUUUAAUGGCGGUAGUGCGAAAUUGAUCUCGAGCGUUGGCGAACUGCGCCAUUGGGAUACUCUGUCCAAGGCCAUACCAGGAAUCAAAACUGUGAACGAAGUAUUUCAGGAACAAGUCGCCGACGACAUCGUAUGGGAUAUCGUGGACGAGGUUGAAGCAGAAAUACUGAGCGAUGACUGA